AUGAUGGGGUGCUAUUCCUUGCUCUGACACAAAUGAUGGGGCACAAUUCCUCCCACUGACACCAAUGAUGGGACACUAUUCCUCCCACUGACACCAAUGAUGGAGGAAGAGUGCCCCAUCGUUGGUGUCAGUGGGGGGAGGAAUAGUGCCCCAUCGUUGAUGUCAGUGGGAGGAAUAAUGCCCCAUAAUUAGUACCAGUGACACCAAUGAUGGGGCACUAUUCCUCCCACUGACACCAA